UGCGCGUGGCUUCCCCAUCACACUGCUGCUGUAUCCUCCGCGUUAUUGAGAGCGCAGGGAGAGAGAGAGCGUGCGCGUAUCCGGUGCACGGGAUAUCCGAGCACACCGGCGAUCUGACCGAGCAAGCAAAUCUGGCCUCAGACACAUUUUUAAUGUGAUGCGUGUGAUAUGACCCUUGAAGAAGCCGCGUACUGACCGGUGUCAUCGAAUGUACCGAGUGUCGUUUUGCGCCACGCAUCCCCUUCUCCUGCUCAUCGCAUCGGCGCGCCGCGUACCUGACUGAAGUAUGCCAGAGAAAAGAGACAUCGCUGAAUCCAUCCGGGAUUAUUCAUACACCGCAUGAGAAGCAUCUUACCUCGCUGAUCUGUGCCAUAAUCAUUCAUCCUUAGGAGUGGGUGUGCAGGGCUGCUUGAGGAAGCAGGCGCGAUGGCCAAUGCCUCAACAGACCUGGACAAUGCUGAGGCCCAGAGACAGCUCAACAACAACAACAGGCCUGCAAGCACAGGAUUCUGGGAAACAGAGACCACCAGUGCCAAACUAUUUGAGUGCUCCCGCAUCAAAGCACUAGCAGAUGAGAGGGACGCAGUACAGAAGAAGACCUUUACUAAGUGGGUAAACUCUCACUUGGCCCGUGUGUCCUGCCGUAUCUCUGACCUGUAUAAUGACCUGAGAGACGGAUACAUGCUCAUCAGACUGCUGGAGGUGCUGUCAGGAGAGCUGCUGCCUCGACCCACGAGAGGCAGGAUGAGGAUCCACUGUUUGGAGAAUGUAGAUAAGGCUCUUCAGUUUCUCAAAGAGCAGAGGGUUCAUCUAGAAAAUGUUGGUUCUCAUGAUAUAGUUGAUGGAAACCACCGCCUCACUCUCGGCCUCAUCUGGACCAUCAUUCUCCGAUUCCAGAUCCAGGUGAUUAAGAUUGAGACGGAGGACAACAGAGAGACACGCUCAGCUAAAGAUGCCCUUCUUCUGUGGUGUCAGAUGAAAACAGCAGGGUACCCAGAGGUCAACAUUCACAACUUCACCACCUGCUGGAGGGACGGCCUGGCUUUCAACGCUCUUAUUCACAGGCACAGGCCUGAUUUAAUUGAAUUUCACAAGUUGACCAGAUCCAAUGCAACACACAACCUCCAGCAAGCCUUUAACAUAGCUGAACAGAGUCUUGGACUCACCAAACUACUAGACCCUGAGGAUGUAAACACAGAGAAUCCAGAUGAGAAGUCCAUCAUCACUUAUGUAGUAUCCUACUAUCAUUAUUUCUCCAAAAUGAAGGCACUUAUUGUAGAAGGGAAGAGAAUUGGAAAGGUGCUGGACAAUGCUAUAGAAGCUGACAAGAUAAUUCGCCGUUAUGAGGCUUUAGCGUCCGACCUGUUAGAGUGGAUUGAGAGAACCAUAAGCAUUAUUAGCAACCAGAAGUUUGCGAACUCACUAUCGGGUGUUCAGCAACAGCUUCAAGCCUUCACAACCUACUGCACCAUUGAGAAGCCUAUCAAAUUCCAGGAGAAAGGGAACCUGGAGGUGCUGCUUUUUACCAUCCAAAGUAAGCUCAGAGCUAACAAUCAGAAGCCAUAUGUGCCUCUUGAUGGGAAACUCAUCUCAGACAUCAACAAGGCGUGGGAGAGACUGGAGAAGGCGGAGCACGAGAGGGGCGUGGCUCUUAGAAAAGAGCUGAUUCGUCAGGAAAAACUAGAACUUCUAGCUCAACGAUUCGAUCACAAGACCACCAUGAGGCAGGCUUGGUUGAAUGAAAACCAGCGUCUCGUUUCACAGGAUAACUUCGGCUAUGACCUGCCAGCGGUAGAAGCUGCCAUGAAGAAGCACGAGGCGAUUGAAGCAGACAUCUUGUCAUACGAGGAACGCAUAACUGUCGUAGUGGAACUGGCGACCGAGAUGGAGUCAGAAGGAUACUAUGACAUCCGACGAAUCUUGGCACGCAAAGAAAACAUCCUCGGCCAGUGGAGCCUUCUGAAGGAGCUGGUGGUGGGACGUAAAACCCGUCUGGAGAAGAACCUGGCCUUGCAGAAAACCUUUCAAGAGAUGGUCUACAUGAUCGACUGGAUGGAGGAGAUGCAGGUUAAGCUGCUGUCUAAGGACUACGGCAAACAUCUUCUUGAAGUGGAGGACAUGCUCCAGAAACAGAGUUUACAAGAGGCUGACAUCUCUAUACAGGCAGACAGAGUUCAAACCCUCAACACUGCAGCUCUCAAAUUCACCACUAUUGAAGGUUACCAGCCAUGUGACCCUCAGGUAAUUUGUAACCGGGUCAACCAUGUCAACACCUGCCUAGAGGAAUUAAAGCAGCUGGCUGGAAAACGGCACUUGGAGUUGGAGGAUUCACGCGAGCUGUGGGCCUUCUUCCAGGAGGUGGAGGAAUCUGAGAAUUGGAUUCGAGAGAAGACGUCCAUCCUGGCCACGCAGACCUGUGGAAAAGACCUGAGCAGCGUCCUGCGACUGCUGCAGAAGCACAAAACUUUGGCUGGAGAGCUGUUGGCGCGACGCGCGCUACUACAGCAGACCAUGAAGAAGGGCAAGCAGAUCCUCACCCAGAAGAGCUUCGGUACAGCAGGAAUACAAGAGCGACUGAUGGAGGUCAAGGCGGAGUGGAAGAGACUGGAGGACCAGGCCGCACAGAGGUUGUGUAACCUACAGGAGGCGCUGGACUUUUUUCAGUUCAGCACCGAGACGGACGAUCUACUAGCUUGGCUACAGGACGCUUACCGGCUCGUUUCUAGUGAGGACUUCGGACAUGAUGAGUACUCUACGCAGUCUCUCCUUAAAAAGCACAGAGGUGUCAGAGAGAGUAUCGAUAAACACCGCGUACAAGUGGUGGGCCUUCGGAAACACAUGGUUUCAUUGCCGUUGCAUUAUCGGGAGCUGGAUGAGGUGCGAGCACGCAUGGCUGAGACGGAGCAGCUCUACGCAGAGGUGGCGGAAGUUGCUGUUUUGCGGCAGCAGUGGCUGCAUGACGCACUCGCUGUGUAUCGCAUGUUUAGUGAGGUCAAUGCCUGUGAGGUGUGGAUCGAUGAGAAGGAGCAGUGGCUGAACAAGAUGGAUGUUCCCGAGAGACUAGAGGACGUGGAGGUGAUUGCACACAGGUUUGAGAGCUUGGACCAGGAGAUGAACAGCCUGAUGGGAAGGAUACUAGACGUGAAUCAGAUCGUCCAGCAGCUAUUAGACAGCGGUCACCCAAGUUCCACUGAAGUCAGGGGCUGUCAAGAUCACUUAAACAGCAGGUGGAACCGCAUUGUGGAGCUGGUCGAGCAGAGGAAAGAUCACCUGGACUCGAUCCUGCGCAUCCAGAACUACUUACUGGAAUGCACAGAAAUCAAGUCUCAGAUCCAGGACAAGCGGAAAGCCAUAGACGCCACGCAGUAUGUGGGCAGUGACCUGGGCAGCGUGCUGGCGCUCCAGCGGCGUCUCUCCACCAUGGAGGGAGCUCUGACGGUUCUCGAACCCAAGCUCCUACACCUUCAGGAGGAAGCAGAGGAGCUCGCCACCUCACAUCCGGACAAGGCCGUGGACAUCCUAGUUCCCUUUGAGGGCAUCAGCGUGGAGUGGGAAGAGUUAAAGCGUACACUGCAAGGCUGUGAAGACUCUUUAACCGUCGCUGGCCGCUUGCAACAGUUCAUCCAAGAUUUGGAUUCAUUCCUCACCUGGUUGGUGCAGACUCAGACAGCUGCUGCUUCAGAUGAGCUACCCAAUGCAUUAGAGGAUGCAGAACGGCUGAUAAACCAACACGCCGCGCUCAAGGAGGAGAUUGGAAGGUAUGAAGAGGACUACGAGCGUCUCCAGGCUGUGAAUGAGCUCUUGGAGACCGAGGAAGCGCCGUUGCCUCAUGGAGCUCUGCAGCAGUGGCUGCACAAGCUGGAUGUGGGCUGGAACAAACUGCUGGAGAUGUGGGAGAGCAGGAGGGAGGUGCUGGUGCAAGCCCACAUCUUCCAUCUCUUCCUGAGGGAUGUCAAGCAGGCCGAGGCUUUCCUCAAUAACCAGGAGUCAGCGCUUGCCCAUGUGGAGCUCCCCACCACAGUAGAGACAGUUGAGGCCGCCAUCAAAAAGCACAAGGACUUUACCACCACAAUGGAACUCAACCUGCACCGCAUUAAAGCUGUCAUAGAGGCAGGAGAGAGCCUCAUCAGUCAGAACAACAUCUAUUCAGAGCGCAUCAGAGAGAGAGUGGAUCUGCUCGCUAACAGAGGGAACCAGAACCGUCAACACGCUCAGCAGUGGCUUCACAAACUCAAUGACCAGUGGGAGCUCCAGAGGUUUCUACAAGACUGCCAUGAGAUUGGUGACUGGGUGGCAGAGAAGAUGCUAAUGGCUCGCGACACCUCCCGCGACGAGACUCAGAAGCUCCACAAGAAGUGGCUGAAACAUCAGACCUUCAUGGCAGAACUUGCUCAAAACAAGGAGUGGCUGGACAAGAUCGAGAAAGAGGGCCAGCGGUUAAUGCAGGAGAAGCCAGAGCUGAACGCUCUGGUGAAGAAGAAGCUGGAGGAGAUCCGUGAGUGCUGGCUGGAUCUGGAGAGCACCACGCAAGCCAAAGCCCGGCAGCUGUUUGAGGCCAAUCGGGCCGACCUGCUGGUACAGAGCUACUCCAGCCUGGACCAGCGACUCGAGCAGCUUGAGGGACAGCUGGCACAUGUGGACUAUGGCCAGGACCUGACCACUGUCAACAAGCAGCUGAAGAAACUACAGACGAUGGAGUGUCAGAUGGAGGAGUGGUAUAAAGAGGUUGGAGACCUGCAGGCUCAGGCGGCCUCCAUUCCUCAGCAGGGGCAGGUCAUGGAAAAGGUGUCCGAGAAACAAACCGGUGUGGAAACGCGGAUUGUACGACUGAUUGAGCCUCUGAAAGAGAGACGCCGUAUCCUGCUGGCUUCUAAAGAAGUGCACCAAGUGGGCCGUGACCUUGAAGAUGAACUUUUGUGGAUACAAGAGCGUCUUCCAAUGGCCACUUCUCAGGAACAUGGGACAAGUUUACAAGCUGUACAGCAACUCAUGAAGAAGAAUCAAAGUCUACAGAGAGAGCUUCAAGGUCAUCGUGGACGUGUGGAGGAUGUUCUGGAGAGAGCUGGUGUGAUCGCAUCCAUCCGCAGUCCAGAGGCAGACAGCAUCAGGGCUGGUAUGGAGCAGCUCCAUCAGCUGUGGGAGGUGCUGUGGACAGAGACUGAGCACCGGCAGCUCCGGCUGGAUGUCAUGUACCAGGCGCAGCAGUACUACUUUGAUGCGGGAGAGGUGGAGGCCUGGCUCAGCGAGCAGGAACUGCACAUGAUGAAUGAGGAGACAGGAAAGGAUGAGGCCAGUACUCUGCAGCUGCUGAAGAAACAGCUGGCGCUAGAGCAGACCAUAGAGGACUAUGCUGAGACCAUCGGAAUGCUUUCUCAGCAGUGCAGACAGCUGCUGGAGCUCGGACAUCCAGACUGUGAGCAGAUCAGUAAGCAUCAGUCUCAGAUCGACAGGCUGUACGUGUCUCUGAAGGACCUGGCGGAGGAGAGGAAGUCUCGUCUGGAGCAGCAAUACUGGCUCUAUCAGCUCAACAGGGAGGUGGAUGAACUUGAGCAGUGGAUAGCAGAGAGGGAGGUCAUCGCCAGCUCCACCGAACUCGGACAGGACUUCGAGCAUGUCUCGAUUCUGCAGGAGAAAUUUACAGAGUUUGCAACGGAGACUGGGAGCCUGGGGCAGGAGAGGGUCACAGCUGUCAACCAGAUGGUUGAUGAGCUCAUAGAUUACGGCCAUGCGGAUGCAGCCACCAUCGCUGAGUGGAAGGAUGGAGUGAACGAGGCCUGGGCGGAUCUCAUGGAGCUGAUGGAGACACGAGGACAGAUGCUCGCUGCUUCGCACCAGUUACACAAGUUCUUCUCUGACUGCCGAGAGGUGUUAGCACAGAUUGAGGAUAAGCAGCGGAGGUUACCAGAGGUUCGUGCAUGUCAAGGAGGUACUUCAAAUACCAGCACUCUGCAGAGACUUAUGCAGACUUUUGAACAUGAUAUUCAGCUACUUGUUACACAGGUAAGACAGCUGCAGGAAAGCGCAGCCCAGCUCCGAACAGUUUAUGCCGGGGAGAAAGCAGAAGCCAUCGCCAUGCAGGAACAUGAAGUGAUGCAGACGUGGAAAGAGCUGCUCAUAUCCUGCGAGGACUGCCGAAUGCAGAUCACUACAGCGACAGACAAGUUACGCUUCUUUGGGAUGGUGCGUGAUCAGCUUAUGUGGAUGGACAGCAUCAUCUGUCAGAUAGGAACUGGGGAGAAACCAAGCUCUUUCCUCAGAACUUUAAUGGGAUAUGGGCUCUCUGGUGCUUGCAGGGAUGUGUCAUCUGUGGAGGUCCUGAUGAACUAUCACCAGAGCCUCAAGAGCGAGGUGGAGGCCAGAAACAAGAGCGUCCUACAGUGUAUCGAGAUGGGCAAGACUUUACUGGCCGCCCGUAACCCUGCAUCAGAAGAGAUCAAAGAAAAGCUGGAGAAGGUUUUGGCCAAGCAGCAAGAGCUCACUGAGAAAUGGGACAGACACUGGGAAGAGCUACAGCAAAUGUUGGAGGUGCAUCAGUUUGCUCAGGAAGCAGUGGUAGCGGAGGCCUGGCUCACUGCUCAGGAACCAUUCCUAAGCAGUAAUGAACUUGGCGGCAGUGUGGAUGAGGUCGAACAGCUGAUUCGCAGGCAUGAAGCCUUUCGCAAAGCUGCGGCCACCUGGGAAGAACGCUUCAGCUCUUUACGUCGUCUUACUACGGUAGAGAAGAUAAAAGCAGAGCAGAGUAAGCUUCCCCCAACUCCCUUGCUGGGACGGAAGGUUUUCUUGGACCCUCAGGACUCUUCUCCAGCUCGCAGUAGUCCUUCCUCCAUAAUAAGACAGACCAUAUACGAGCAGGGUGAGCCCCGGGUGGAGCGCAUCACCCCUCAGCCCUCACCCUCGUCCGUGGUCCGCAGACUGGGUUCUACUGUGGCCAACUACACUCCCAUCAUGAAUGGAGCUGCUACUUAUCGCCUUCAGGAAGCCAGGAAUUCUGGGAUUGUUGGUGUGGCAGCAGGACUGGGCACUGCUAUGGAGCACAAGGUCACCCAAUUGCGUCCGGAAUUCAAGGCCCAAGUCCCACAGCAGAAGAUCGAGCACAUCCAUGAGGCAGUCCACCCCCUACUGGAGAGAGAGAGGGAGCGGGAGCGGUAUCAUGAGAACGUGAUGGCAGAGGUGGUGCUCCAGGAGCCAGGUGGAGGAAGGGAACGUCUAAACAGCAUGGUGGGAGGGAGCGGGAGCAGUCGCUCAGAGCUUCUUGUGGAGCAGCAUCCCCCUCCAAGGGAGUCUCGUUUGGAGAGACAACUAUCUACUGAGCAGCUGAUUCAGGCACGCAGGGACGAGCUGCCUCAGGAGGUGUGGAGAGAACGAGCUGAGAGAGCAGAGAGGAGGCUGGAGAGACAGACAUCUAGUGAACAGGAAGGUCAUGAGGUGCGGCGUAGGGACAGACACCGUCUGGAGAGACAGGACAGCAGUGAGCAGGAGGCCAGGGAGCAGUCAGACAGACGCUCAGGUGGUGGGGACAAAAGGUCGACGCUAGCUGAAAUUGUGGAGCAGCUUCAGGAAAGAGAAGCAGCACAGGCCCGAGGAGAGGUUCCACGUCUACCCAACGGUUUUCCUGAGAAGUCUUCCAGACCGGACCGGCCACGUGCUCGCGACAGACCCAAACCGAGAAGACGACCACGACCCAAGGAGCCGACAGCUGGCGAAACGCGGCGUUCAAGAUCUGCACCGGCCCAGAGCAGCCCGCCAGUACCCCAACCACCUACCCACACGGCCCAGCGUGAAGGGUUCCUUUUUCGCAAAAUAGACAUCGAAGGCCAGAAGAAGAGUUCAAACAGCAGAUCAUGGGUGAACCUGUACUGUGUGCUGAAUAAAGGUGAGCUGGGCUUCUAUAAGGAUGCGAAGAACACCUCCACACCUUACAACAACGAGCCGCUUAUCAACCUGAGCCGUUGUGCCUGUGAUAUCAACAAUGGUUACAAAAAGAAGAAGAAUGUCUUCACUCUCAAAACUAAGGAUGGAAGUGAGUUUCUGUUCCAUGCUAAGGAUGAGGACGAUCUGAAAAGCUGGAUCACAAGUAUAAACAGCAGUAUAAGUGAGCAUGAAGAGAUGGCCAAACUGGGGCAGACCAAUCCAACUACCUCAUCUACUGACGAGGGAACGCGCAGGGAUGGCAGCAGGGCAGGUGGUUCGGAGAGAGGCGAAAAGUCAGACCGAGCCGACGGGGGAUCCGUGCGCUCAGACAAAGGUGAAAAGCCUGAGAAAAAGACAGGCAAGAAGAAAUGAGUCACACGAUAGCAGUGAGACAGGAGCCAGGACUUCGUAAAUCCAGGAAAGUGCUCUGACGGAAUCAGGAAACGAAGGCGUCACUGUGAACUCCCUUUAUGUCUUGCUGUCCAGUUGAGUAUGGCAUCAGGCAGCGCAGAGGCGCACAAAGCUCACGUGUCAGUGAGCGCCCUCUAGUGGCUGCCGAGGACCACGACAAAUCAGGAGCUCCAUAUGGGCCAAAGAGCUGAUAGCAUAGGCAAAUGGAGGAUAAAAGAGAAAGAUGUUAUAGUAAAGUAGCUCAUGAAGAUUAUUUUCUAAUCCAUCUGAGAAAACGAUGACCCGUAUGUAUGUGUACCCGUCUAUCUCUUUGUAUAUUGUACGUUUCAACAUCAGUUCUAUACAAUCUCGCGCUGAAGAGAAUGGAAAUAUGCCAAAAUCUUUCUCAAGGUUGGUCUUUUUUCUGAAGAGCAUGUUUCGUCUGUUUAUUUUGUAAGUUGUUUUGCUCUUUUAUACUGUUAACGUGUUGAUUUGUAUUCAUUGGCUCUUCCACGUGAUUUUGAUUCUCGUCUUGCCACUUUGUAGACCAUGUUUGAAUGCCAUAUGACAUAUCAGAGCAUGCCUACAAGGUUUAACUUUCAAAUGAAGAAGUAAACGGUCUGUUUCAAAUAAAGGGAAGCAGCUCACCUGCUGUGAGCAUGUAUUCUCAGAUUUGACUACUAGGGUUUGUUGGUUUCAUACCUGAUUUUUCCCAAAGUCUCAAUCAUUAAUCUCAUAUUAUGCAUUAAAUGUUGAGUGUGAGUUCAUUUGCGCUUUUAAUGACAGAUUACCAAAUCAGUUGUGUGUAUGUGUCUAUGCAUGUACACAUUGCAUUUGCCAUCAAGCUAUUCUGAACAUGCAUCAUUUUAUUUAUCCUCAAAAGUCUUCCAAGCACAGAACUGAUUGUUUUGUAAAACUUUUGUUUUUUGCUUUUGUCACUUUCUCCCAACAUUAUUUCUAAGCAUUGCACUGAGGCCUGUAUUGAUGCAGGCGUUAACUGGUGAUGUGCGUUUGUAAGAUCUUCAAAUUGUGUAGUUCUGCAGGUGAUAGUAUAGAAAGCCCAUAGCUAGCAAAAAUGCAAGGUAUAUUGCAAGAAAAGCGGUCCAUGCUUUAGACAGCUCUGCAGAUAAUGACACAAAUCCAAUUUGGUUCUUUUGAUAUCCAUCAAUGCACACUACAUUGUGACCAGAGGUCGCGUUAACCGAACGUUGUCUGUCAUUGACGUAAUAUUUUUUAUCGGUGACGGAAAAAUUCUGAAAUGUUUGACAGAUUACACUGAGGGUGAUCUAUUGUAAAUUGUAACUGUAAUUCCCACCCCUCUCCAGUUGGUCGCGAGUCAGAGCACUGGAUCCAGAACAAAAACAAAACUGUCACGAAUGUUUUCCUAUGCUUUGAUUAAGCACAAGCGAGUACACAGAAGCUACAACGAUCUAUCACGCCACAUUAAAGAGCGCCAAAAUGGUAUUUAUUGCUUGCAUUUCCUAAAUCAGUUGGACAGAAUAUAAAAUCUGAGACUUUGUUUUCUUAUCAAAAGUAACACAAAGCCUAGCCUAUUGCUAUUUAUUGGAAGGAAGGCACACUCUGUGUACUGUUCAUUCAUCAGCUGAAAACAGCAUGGACCAAAAGAUCGAUUGGGAUUUAAGAUUCGAUAUUGGUUCAACAAAAUGAGAAUCUAUUAAAAUCGAGAAAUUGUUUUAUUAUUUAUUUUUUUUUUAUUUUUGGUUUACCCAGCUCUAGACUGCACUGUCGUCAUGUAGGUUCAUGAUUAAAAAUGAAAAUGUGAACAAAAAUAAAAGCAAUUAAAUGUGUUAUUAUAAUUAAAAUAUGAAAAUUAAAAUGACGGGUAAGAAUAGAUUAAGAUGGAAUUUGUACGACCCUGUCAUCAAAAUGACGGACAAUGUUAAAGUCUAGCGCAACCUCUGGUUGUGACUGCAUUGUGACUACAUAAUUUUUCAUGCAACAUACAGGGUUGAAACUAAAUGUCAAAGUGUGUGUGUUUAAUGGAAACAUAAUGGUUUCAGGUAUUAUAUUUGUGCCUCAUUGUCCUAAAGUCUGUCAGCUGUAGUCCUUAACACGUCUUUAAAUGUAAAACAGGCUAAAUAAUGUUAGAAGCAAUGGUCCUCUUUCUGUAAAGAUUAAUGUAAACCACUCAUUGAGAGGGAGGAGAUGACAUUCAUGUGUUUUUUUCAAUCAAGAAGAUAGUUUUCUCUCUGCAAGCUCAUGUUUGUUCCUUUAUCUGAACAGAGCAUCAUGCAAAUGCUUUUGUAAUAUCCCUGCUUUUAAAUAUACAAUUGUCAGCUCUCAUUUCUCUAUACAAUCUCAAAGCAUUGUAUAUAUAUCUAAAGAGCUUUCUGUGUCUGGGUCUGAAUUUCUCUUCCUUUGACGCCCUUGGUUUUGUCUCCAAGUCUAAUUUUUAGUACAAAAAAUCCUAUUUUUAUGCAAUAGAAUAACUUAUACAGGCAGAGGGUAUGCAGUAAAAGUAUCCAACGUGGUGGCGAACGGAAAUAAUGUAUACACUUGCAAGUAGAAAAUUUAUGCAACUUUUCCUUUGCACUAAAUUACUGCCCCAUUGCACAGUGCUAUUGUGAGCAGAGGAUUGGUGCUUGAGGGUCUGGGACGAGUAGCAGUACUAAAAAACAAUGUGCUAAUUUAGCUGCUUAUCAUGAGAAAAUUCUGCACGAAUGUCCCGGCUCACACUCUCAUUCACACAACUGCAUACACGCAUACCUGCUGCUUUCGUCACUUACAAGUUGAUGUACAUGAAACUGUUGAGAUGUACAAGCUGUUGUGUGUAACUGGAAGCAUUUGGAAACAUUUAUAAAAUGUUAUUAAAUCCAAUAUGGAUUUGAUCCAUUGAAUCAACAGAAAGCACAACCCCAACAGUAAAUACAUAUUGUUUUAUGGUUUAAUAUGUUUUUCGAGUUUCUUGUAAUGUCUAUAUUCCUAAAAGUUUAGUUACUUUUAUAUAUACAGGAUCACACGUUAAGUGGGUUUUAUGGCAGAUGAAUCGUCACAGGAAUAUUUUUAUCUGAAACUCACUCCCAUGUCAUGUCUAUAGUGUCAGACCCUUAAGCACCACUGGUUUUAGCUCAGCAGCUCGAUGACCUGUACAAAUUGUAAUUGCUUCUGUACAAACAAAAAUGCUCUUUUUUUCUGCUGUGAAAUAAGAACAUUUUAUGGGUUUUAAUAUCAGUUUUGAAUAUCCGUGGGGUAAUUUCUCCAAAGCUCAAAGGAAAGAAAUCGAAAGGGAACUGGGCAAUUCAGGUUGCAUGAAUAACAUUGUCCCUGUAAUGGUACUGCUGUGCAUGAUGAAACCACUCUCAUUCUCACUCACAGCCACUGUUCAAGGGUGACACUAA